GCCCAUUCGCCUCUCCCACGAGCCAAGACGCGCCCAGGAGAAAGGAUCGACGGCCAUCAGGGGUCGACGGCCGGUUCAGCGGGUCCCGUCAGCCUCCCACACCCUCCAAGUCGCCCUAUAUAGCACGUUUCAUCCCCGGAUUGUCUGUCUGUCUGUCCGUUCUCGACAAGGCGUAUAUGAAUGAGUCUUGAAUACUUGCUCGCUUCGUCCAUCUGUCCUUACCAUACGCCUCUUCACCAACUGCCGUCUCUUCAAGACUAGAUACGUUUACAGCAUUGUCAUUCACACCCGGCCAACCAUCUACCUACCUAUUCACAGCGAUCAAAUCAGACCGCCACGAUGAGCCAGAUCGCCAUCACCCCUGAGCUCGUCCGCAAGAUGGAGGACAGUCUGCUCGCCGACCCAGCCAUCGUCCAGGCCAAGAUUGUCGACAUUGCCGCCGCCGACGCGCCCCAGCCGGAUCUCGUCGUGGCCAUCUGCCUCAGCCCGGACGUGCAGCAGCCCGACGAGUCCGCCCUGCGCGCCGCGCGCAAGGCCCUCGUCAAGAGGAUGCGCGACGACGGAGGCCGCGCCGUCGUCCCCAGAAAGUGGUCACGCCCCAGCGUCCUGCCUGUCGACCCGUCAGGCGCCGUGGACGAGGUCGCCCUGAGGCAGAGCCUGCUCAUGGAGGCGCACGCCGACGGACCCCCUCCGACACCCACCUCCAAGGCCCCCGUGGAAUCUCUCGACGAAAAGAUUAUGCGCAUCAUCGCCACGGCGGUCGGCACGUCUGUCGACGAGCUCGUGCAGACGCGCGGGUUCGCGCAGAAUGGCGGCGACAGCUUCACCGCCAUCCGCGUCUUCCAGGCGCUCAUGCGCGAGAACAUUUCGCUGCGCGUGCCGGACAUUAUGCGCGCAGAGACCAUUGCCGAGCUGCCCGCGCUCGUCAUCUCGCGAACGGGGCCAGCCCCGGUGCCAGCCCCGGCGGCGACGUCGGGGAUUCCAGUCUCGGAGGUGCACGAGGUGAUGCUGGCUGAGCCCGAGACCAACGGCGUGGCUGUGGCUACUGUGGGCGGCGUGUGAGUGGGAGCUCUCCUGUUGUACUUGUACCGCCAUCACUGGGCACCCCCAGGUCGUAAUGCAGCGUUGCUUUCGUGAAACAGUCACUCGUUGACCAGGAGUUCUGGCGUUGGUUCAUUUGUCUCUGUGGACGGCAUGGCAGUGCGCCAAGAGCCGUGGGUUACAUGCUUA